AUGUCAUUUGGUCAAGCCGCACAGGCCGGUGGAUACUUAAAUCCAAACAAUGAUUACACUAUUGGAGAGACUAUUAACGACGGAAUUCAAGAUUUAGCCUGGAGUCCUACAAAUAAUGUAUUGGUAUCAGGCAGUUGGGACAAUUAUGUGCGUUGCUGGGAAGUACAGCAACAAGGGACACAAUUUAAUGCCGUUGCUAAGGCACAAAUUGCACACGAUGGACCAGUUCUUUGUACGGCUUUUAGUGGGGAUGGCAGUACCGUGUUUUCUGGCUCGUGUGACAAGACGGCGAAGAUGUGGGUACUAAACGGACCACCUCAAGGUCAGCAGAUUGCUGCCCAUGAUGCACCGAUCCGCAGUAUUGCUGCUAUUCAGGAGGCCAAUUGUGUCGCCACUGGCAGCUGGGAUAAAACGCUCAAGUACUGGGACACGCGGUCGCCAGCGGCGAUGGCGUCCGUGCAGCUUUCGGAGCGCUGCUACGCCAUGGACGCCAAGCAUCCGCUGCUUGUGGUGGCCACGGCCGACCGUCAAGUUCACAUCUUUGACAUUCGCAAACCUUCACAGAUCUACAAGUCCAUGCAGUCCAAUCUCAAGUUCCAAACGCGGACGAUUUCGUGCUUCCCGGACGCCUCAGGUUUCGCGAUCGGGUCGAUCGAGGGACGUUGUGCUAUACAACACGUUGAGGACAAGGACAAGAGGAACGACUUUGCAUUCAAGUGCCACCGCGACGGAUCGGAUAUUUAUCCCGUUAGCAAUAUUGCCUUUCACCCGUUCGGCACUUUUGCCACCACGGGCGGCGAUGGCACGUUCUGCUUCUGGGACAAGGAUGCCCGUCAAAAGCUCAAAACUUUCAGCAAAUGCAAUCAGUCAAUCACGACCGGCAAGUUUAAUGCGCGCGGAGACAUUUUUGCGUAUGCAUUAUCGUAUGAUUGGUGCAUGGGCGCCGAAAAAUACAACCAGAGUCAGCCUAGCGUCAUUCGACUGCACAGUGUGGCCGAGGCGGAAAUCAAGCAGAAGAAAAAACCAGGUACUGGGUCACGGAAUUCGUUUUAG